AUGAUUUCCUACCGCCAUCCUUACCAAGCGCUGUCAAAUGCUCAAUGGACGCCGUUUAUUCGUUUCAAUUACACAGGCGGUUCAGAUUUAGAAGAAGUUAUAAUAAAGAAGAGAAAAUUUUCAUCAGAUGAAGGUUCGGAUUUCAUGCAAGCUGCAGUUGUAAAUAAAGAGAGACAAAGUGCCGAAAUUCUCGACUCUGUCAAGAAUCCCGAACAAAUGGCAAAAAUUAAUAUGCGACGAAGGAAGACAAAAACUACUAUUUUUACUAUAGAUGCAUUAUUGGGACAUUUGACCGAAAGUCCAAGCAAAAAAAGAAAAGUUCAAUUUACACAGACAACAAAAAGGAAGGAUGAUUCAAUUGAUUCGGGUUUUUCAUCCUCUGAAGAAAACGACGAGUCGAUUAUUGCUAGUGUGGAUGCAAAUGACAGUGGAAUUUGUAACAAUGAUUCACGGCAAGAACCAGAUCAAAUUAAGUUUGUGACACCAGGCUUACCUCAACCCAAAGUAAGAAGUAAUCAGCAAUUACCGCCUUCGGAAAGAUACAAUCGUUUAUAUAUGCCUAUCAACGAUGCAUAUCAUUUAUAUCCCGGAUUAAACAAAGUUGUGCAGCAAAAUUGGAUGCAUCACCACCAAUAUGCGAUACCGUAUGCACCGAUUGAGACAAUGGCUUUCGUUGGGCAAUGUAAUAAUAUUCAAUCAAAUAUAUCUUAUUCACCGAAUCUUAGACCUCAAAAAACACAAAAGACUAAACGAGCAAGAACCGUAUUUACUCAAAAGCAACUAGAACGUUUAGAAGCUGAAUUCAACAAUCAGCAAUACAUGGUUGGAAAUGAAAGGCGAGCACUUUCUAAAAAGCUCAGACUCACAGAUGCUCAAGUUAAAGUUUGGUUUCAAAAUAGAAGAAUUAAGUACAGGAAUGACAAGAAGCGUGAGCCAGUGGACAAAACCAACAAACUAGACGUUCUCAAACGCGAAGCAAUCGAAAAAUACUAAGAAUACUUAUGUUUAUGAUUUUAAGUUCCGUGUUUUUGUAAUAAUUGUUUCUUAAAAGUUUCAUAAAAUAAAGUUUUGAAUAUAGAACAUUCAAAUAAACGA